AUGGCUUCCGGCGACCAACUCCUCGACCUCUCGGAGCAACUAGGCUACGUUCAGUGCAGUUUCUGCACCACCAUCUUACUCGUGAGUGUUCCAUACAGUAGCUUGCUGAAGGUGGUGACAGUAAGGUGCGGCCAUUGCACUGCCCUGCUCUCCGUUAGCUUAGUGAGGACCUCCAUUGUUUCUGCUGAACUUCUUGCCUCCCUCGGGGAACAUCAACAGGAAAAAUACAGAGAUCUGCUUCCGAAAGAAUGCCACAGCUCUACCGGCGUCGAAGAGGAAGAGAACCCGACAAAGAUUAGCAACCCGAGCCACCUGAGAAAAGGCAGCGAGCUCCAUCUGCUUAUAACCGGUUCAUCAGGUGAUGCAAAAUACUCCAUCGUUGUCGAACAGUUUAUUAUAUGUGUUUUACAGAAUACACACUGUGCACUUGGAGCCAAAUGCAGAGAGGAGAUACUGAGGAUAAAGGCCAGAGAACCUAACAUCACCCACAAGGAAGCUUUCAGUGCUGCUUCUAAAAAUUGGGCUCAUUUCCCGCGGCUCCAGAACAGCUCCGAUGGCAGAAGUGCCGGCGGAGAAGGGAAGAAGAAGGCAUGUGAGAUGGAUCAAGAUCAGGGAAGGAGAAACAGCUUGCUCCCUCCGACAACUGCGUAA